AGGAAUUUAACAAAGUCCCGAGGUGGUGAAAGUGGAGAAUCCAGAGCUCAUGUACAUAGCCCGUGUCUUCUUGUUAAACUACCCUAUAACUGGUGCUUUAGAAGUGUUUUAUAGGUGACAGAGAGCACUGGGCAUCUAACAGACGGUAUCGUCCUGGAAGUGGAAAAGAACCACCAAAGUGCUAGCAGGCUGAGGGACUCCAAGGUCGUGCCCCAUACAACUCAGAGACACUGACCACCCUAUCUCUCUACUGUGAAAUUCAGGCUACGACCCUGCAUGAUUAACUUCGUACCUUUAUCUUUUGGUAGGUAAUUCAGGACUUGCAAAGGCGUUACUUGCUGAAUGGAUCAGCCCGUGCCUGCCAGUAACGUUACUGAAUUUAUUCUCUUGGGGCUCACACAGAAUCCACACCUGCAGAAAAUACUCUUCCUUAUCUUCUUGUUCAUUUUCUUAUUUACCGUGCUGGCCAAUUUGCUCGUUGUCAUCACCGUCUCCCUCAGCCCCUCCCUGUCUGCGCCCAUGUACUUCUUCCUCACUUACUUGUCCCUCAUAGAUGCCUCCUACACCUCUGUCACCACCCCCAAAAUGCUCCUCGACCUGCUCUACCAGAGGAGGACCAUCUCCUUGGGCGGCUGUCUGACGCAGCUCUUUGUGGAGCACUUCCUGGGAGGCUCGGAGAUCAUCCUCCUCAUCGUCAUGGCCUACGAUCGCUACGUGGCCAUCUGCAAGCCCCUGCACUAUAUGACCAUCAUGCGGCAGGAGCUCUGUCGCCUCUUGGUGGUGGUAGCCUGGAUGGGAGGGAUCCUGCAUGCCACUGUGCAAAUUCUUUUCAUGAUCCACCUGCCCUUCUGUGGUCCCAAUGUCAUUGACCACUUCAUGUGUGACCUCUUUCCCUUGUUGAAGCUGGCCUGCAGAGACACCUACCGGCUGGGCAUGGUGGUGGCAGCCAAUAGCGGAGCCAUGUGCUUGCUCAUUCUGUGCAUGCUGCUUGUCUCUUAUGCGGUCAUCCUGAACUCCCUGACCCCCCACAGCUCUGAAGGGCGGCGCAAAGCCCUCUCCACCUGUGGCUCCCACUUCACUGUCGUCGUCCUCUUUUUCGUACCUUGCAUAUUCACUUACAUGCGUCCUGUGGCUACCUACCCUGUCGACAAGUUGGUGACUGUGUUCUUUGCAAUCCUCACUCCCAUGUUCAAUCCUAUAAUUUACACCGUGAGAAACACAGAGGUGAAAAGUGCCAUGAGCAGUUUGCUGAAGAGAAGAACUUAGCUCAUGCUCAAAGCCAGGAAAAAAAUGUCAAUGUAAAGAGGACUGCUUUUGUAGUGGUACAAGAAAACUAAACUUCAUAUGUUAUCGAUAUAAAGGAAAAUAAAAGGAAACAGCAUUCCUUCCUUAACUGUGGUUAUUAGGGACGUAACACUAGCUAGGUCCUUUUGAUAGCUAACACCUUUUGACAGGUGUAUUGCCCAGGCUUCCAUGUUCGUGUGUACAGACCUGGGCUAUGAAAUGGAAAGAAAGGUAGGUCUUCAGCUUGAAGGUUCUGAAGCACGUUGUACUCCAGAGUUUCCCUGCUACUUUACUAAAUUCUUCCUGCGUAUUUUACUUGGCUGAACUUGGCUUCUCCAGGGAAACUGAUUUCUGAAUCUUUUAAAAUUUUGCUUGGCCAGGAUGAAGCAAAACUAAAAAGAGGGUAGAAUCCCUUGAAUGGGUGUUUGGACAGGUGACACUUGGGAGUGAGGAAGUGUUGAUUUUAUUCCUUUCUUAAUUUUAUAUCUGUGGCAAAAGAAAAAUGUGAAACAUGAGAGA